GAGAGAGGCGGGCUGGCAGCUUUUGUCCUUCGCUGGCGAAGGGAGCGCCAGCCAGGGCGGUGUCAGGCGGACACCCCCCACCCCAAUCCACCCUCCCAGGAGCUAUAUUGUCUGUGUAUUUAUAGAAGGGCUCUUUUUGGACCCAGAGGGAGGAGGAGAGAGGUGCAGUUAUCCAGGAACCAGGCGCGGAGGCAGGUGCGCCCUAGUCUCUCCUUCCAAAAAGGACGAAGAGAGAUGGAGCAGCUCGCCUUUCCUUCUCCUCCUCCGGGUGAAUGCUGAUUCCCAAAUUCUGAGCCAUGCUGGGUCCAGGAGCACGGUCAGCGAGCCCAGCCCUUUCGCCGAGAUAGCCAUGAACAGCUGCAAAUACAACGGCGGCGUCAUCCGGCCCCUCAGCAGCCUGAGUUCCUCCCGCCACAACCUCCACGACCUAGACGCUGAGACCCAGCCCCUGCAGACCUUCCACGACUCCGGCCUGGAGGUGGUGGUCUCCAAGUCUGAGCGCAGCAAGGGGUCGGACCCCCGCCUGGACGACGACCCCGAGGCCGAGGAGAGGCCACGCAGCCACAAGAAGAACCAGAACAUCGGCUACCGGCUGGGCCACCGGAGGGCGCUGUUUGAGAAGAGGAAGCGGCUGAGCGACUACGCCCUGAUCUUUGGGAUGUUUGGGAUCGUGGUCAUGGUGACGGAGACGGAGCUGUCGUGGGGGGUUUACACCAAGGAGUCUUCAUAUUCAUUCGCCCUCAAAUGCCUCAUCAGUCUGUCCACAAUGAUUCUCCUGGGGCUCAUCAUCAUGUACCACGCAAGAGAGAUCCAGCUGUUCAUGGUGGACAACGGUGCGGACGACUGGCGCAUCGCCAUGACCUACGAGCGCAUCUUCUUCAUCACCUUGGAGCUCCUGGUCUGCGCCAUCCAUCCCAUCCCGGGCCAGUACUUCUUCACGUGGACGACCCGCCUGGCGUUCACGUACGCCACCUCAGAGGCCAACACCGACGUGGACAUCAUCCUCUCCAUCCCGAUGUUCCUCCGGCUCUACCUGAUUGGGCGGGUCAUGCUCCUCCACAGCAAACUCUUCACCGACGCCUCUUCGCGGAGCAUCGGGGCCCUCAACAAGAUCAACUUCAAUACCCGCUUCGUCAUGAAGACCCUCAUGACCAUCUGCCCCGGGACGGUCCUCCUGGUCUUCAGCAUCUCCUCCUGGAUUAUCGCCGCCUGGACGGUCCGCGUGUGUGAGAGAUACCAUGACAAGCAAGACGUGACCAGCAAUUUCCUGGGGGCCAUGUGGUUGAUCUCCAUCACCUUCCUUUCCAUCGGCUACGGGGACAUGGUCCCACACACUUACUGCGGGAAAGGAGUCUGCCUGCUCACUGGGAUUAUGGGUGCGGGCUGUACAGCUCUCGUGGUUGCCGUGGUCGCCAGGAAGCUCGAACUGACCAAAGCGGAAAAGCACGUCCACAACUUCAUGAUGGAUACACAGCUAUCAAAGCGGGUGAAGAAUUCUGCCGCCAACGUACUCAGGGAAACGUGGCUGAUCUACAAGCACACCAAGCUGGUGAAGAAGAUUGACCAUGCCAAAGUACGGAAACACCAGCGUAAGUUCCUCCAAGCCAUCCAUCAGUUGAGGAGCGUGAAAAUGGAACAGAGGAAGCUCAACGACCAGGCAAACACCCUGGUGGAUUUGUCAAAGACGCAGAACGUCAUGUACGACAUGGUGUCCGAGCUGCAGGAGCGCAACGAGGACCUCGAGAAGCGCAUCAGCGCCCUGGAGGGGAAGAUCGACAUGCUGGGCCUGACUCUGCAUGCGCUCCCCAGCCUCGUCAGCCAAGCCAUACGCCAGCAGCAGCGGGCCCUGCCCCGCACCUGCGGCACCUCCAACAGCUCCGAACGCUCCUGCUGGACUCCCACCCGCCGGCGGAAGUCUCCCUCCACUGCCCCUCACACAUCCUCGGACAGCGGGUGAUUCAGGGGGGGGGCGGGCUCGCGCACCGGGGGCACCCAUGGACUCAUAUAUGGCCAUUGUGUGGCCGAUUCCCCUCUGAGCUUUUUUCUGGAAAGCCCUGUACACAGACCUCCCCAAGUCCGCUGAGAUGGGCCCGUGCCGCGGAAGACUCGUCGGGCACAGAAAACGGAUUCCGAACCCGGUUCCAAUGUAACAUUAUGCAAAGCUGGGGGUGUUUCUUUUGUUUGUAUGUAUGUAUGAGGAGAGGGUGGGAGCAGGGCUUUUUCUUCCUCAGCCGGAAUUCGCUGGAACUCAGUUCCGGCACCUCUCAGGCGGACGCCAUUGCCAUUCUAAGAAAACAAAGGGAGGCGUUCAUGGUGAGUGCUGGCACCUCUUUUUCUUGAAAAAUAGCACUGGGUGGGAGGGGAAUCCCAUGUAGAAAUUGCUCAAAUUCACAACAAUCCCUUUUUUAAAAAAAGAAUCACUUCUCUCCCUUCCAACGUCAGCCGUUUGGUCCUUAGCCAUGCCCUCCACGGGAGCCAUCUUGUUCCACGGUCUCAACAUUCAGCCUGGCAAGGGGUGAGACUAGAUGGGCCUUUGGUUCCCUUCCAACAGUACGGUUCUAUCGUCCUGUGAUUCCAAAUGGGGACCUCUUAGGCGACAGUCUCCCACUCCACUCGCUCGUUUGCCUUUUCUCUUCCCAAACUGGAGAGAAAUGCAGGCAAAUGCCCAUUUCUCAUAAAACUAUAUAUGGAUUUAACAUGCUUUGGAGCCAUACAUAAGUGCAAGGGGGUCUGAGGCAGCUGGGACCAGUGGCACAUGUGUGCUUUUUUUUGUUCUCCUUCCAAAUCCCGUUCUGUUUCCUGGAAGAAAGAAUAAGACCUGUUUUAAAGCAGGAGCAGAGACCUCAUCCCGAGGGCCCCAUUUGCUGCUGGUAGGGCUUCCGGGGGCCGCAUGCCACUGUUGGGUGAGGCCGGGGGAGGGUUGAGUGGAUAGAGCAAUUGAUGCAAAGUUUACUUUUAUGCAAUUUGCUGGUUUCUACGCACACUACAUCUGUCAUCCAGACAUGCAAGGGGCAUCAUCAAAAUUAAAGGACGCAUCCUGGGCAGACAAAAACACUCAAGCCAGGUGCAGAACGAGGGUCAAUGAGGGGAGAGUUCCAGGGGCCAAAUGGAGAGGCUUGGGGGGCCACAUCCAUCCCCUGGACCAGAGGUUCUCCACCCCCUGUUAUAAAGAAAUAAAUAUUGUGGGCUGUAUCUAAUGUUAAUCCAGCUCAGAGUAAACUCACUGAAAUUAAUGAGCAAGCCCAUUCGCUUCAAGAGGUCUAGAUAGUUGGAGCCAACCCAGGGGUGCAGCAUGGGGGUGCAUUUGCCCCAGGCGCACAACUUUGAGGGGGCAUAAACGAGGCACCCCCAUGCAGGCAGUGUGGCCUGGCUCAUCACUCCUCUGUGCCUGCCAUGGGCUGUGUCAGCUGGCUGGGCUCCCCACUGCGUGGGCAGGCAGGCGGCUCAGUGUGACCCGGGCACUGGCAACUGCCACUACACCACUGAGAUGUCCCUCCAGGCACCUAUUGGCUAGUGCCUGUAACAUCAAUAGUGGCACACAAUUCCUAAUCUGAUCCCCACAUCCGCACAAUAGCAGGUUUGUUAACAGCUUUUAAAGGGUUCUUUUAUUAUUACUUGAUUAUUAUUAUUUUUUAAAAAAGUAAGGUGAUAGACACUGAAAAGGGGGGGGGGGAAUCUAAUGUCGGAAAGAGACAGAACAUUCCACUUUCCCCCAGCAAUAGAGUGAAUGGCUUCUGGGUUUGAAAAACCCGUAAAAUCAAAUAAUAAGGCUACAGGCCUCUCCUUACUCACCCAAGCAAGCUCACUGUCUCCUGUAAGAUCCUAUAAAAUCUGUGGCACCAACACACCAAAGGGAGCUCUUGCUGAUGCAAUUCCAAAUGUAAUCUAAAGGGGGGUGACAGCAGCGCUUUGCACAUGGGCAGUUGAAGCGAUGUUACAUUGGAAAUCAGCCCGUCUGAACUGGGGGAAGUCAAGUCUCCUGUCUCCAAUACAAGGUCAUUGGGCAGAAAGCGGUGGAUGUGGGGCUCUGACGUCCUUCUGCCUUUGUGGACGCACAAAAUGUUUCUGGGGUCUUCCAAACAUGGGUUCUCCUCCUCUUUUGUAAUCUAACCGCCCUGUUUCCUCUCAUACGCACACAAACACAUUCCUCAUGCUUUGGUUUCGAAGACUUCCGGUUUGAUCUCUUAAAACACUGUGCUUCUUUCUAGCUCUUGAAUCGAUCGAUCGAUUGAUCGUGAGUGUGUGUGUGUUUUGCAGGGAGGGUGGGGAGAGGCUGAAAUUUGGUGGGGGGGGGGAGGAUUGCAACCCAACCUAUUUUAUAAGAAUUAGGAAAGCACGGAGGAUGAUCGAAGUUUUGUUUUGUUUUUGUAUUAAAGGUUCUCUUGAUUUCAAAUUGGGUUUGGUUUUUAAGGAUAGCUUUAAGAACAUAGAAUCAUAGGGGAAAUGUAGAGCUGGAAGGGACCACGAGGGUCAUCUAUUCCAACCCCCUGGCAUGCAGGAAACAGGCCCAACAUGGGUCUCGAACCCACAACCCUGAGAUUAAGAGUCUGCUGCUGAGCUACCUGGAGAACAUACGACAAGACUUUCUGGUGUGGGGCAAGGCACACCCACAUCAGUCUUUUCACGUCCCACCAAUGGGAUCUGGGGAGGUUCACAAAAGUGAUAAACCUCCCCUUUUAUCUCAAGGUAGACCCUCUCUGGAUGAAGAGGCUCCACUCAGCUGUCACAGCUGGCAACCACUGCAAGACUUUUCCUGCUCUGUGAUAUUGCGCACUCCCCUUUUUGGAAAGUCGAGUCCUGCAGAAUCAGACCAAAGGACCAUUUGCUCUGGAAUCAUAGAGUCACAGAAUGGUAGAGUUGGAAGGGAUUCCCGAGGGUCAUCUAGCCCAACCCCCUGCAAUGCAGGAAUCUCAGCCAAAGCAUCCAUGACUGAUGGCCACCCAACAUCUGAUUAAAAACCUUCAAAUAAGGAGAGUCCACAAGGGAGUCCAGUCCACUGUCAAACAGCUCUGACUGUCAGAAAGUUCUUCCAGAUGUUUAGUCAGAAU